AUCAUCACUGUCAUCUGUAACAGGCUGUGCAGACUAAAACUGGCUUUCAUUCGAGAUUAUUUUAAGGGCUUGUAAUUAUACACCAGCACUGUUUGACCCCUGCAAGUCUCCAAAUAAACCAGAGUGCCAUCUUUCCACUAUUCAUUGAAAACAGGAAGAGGAAGUAAAGCAAGAGCACGUUCUUUCUCAAGGUCAUCAUAGCCUGACAUGCCUGUGUUUCCACUGCUGCUAUGGAGAACGUAACUGCUAGCGAGGAACCAUCCGGUACAUUGAUGUACCACGUGGAACGACCCGUGUUCAAUGAAGGCUAUAUUGACUCAGAGCUUCUGCACAGGAAGAAGAGGACACCAAAGUCCUGUAGACGGAGAAUAACUGAGCAUCUCCGCUGCUCAUCUGAGAAAGCCAAAUCGGUUGCACUUAGUUUUUUUCCCAUUUUAACAUGGCUGCCAUCAUAUCGACUAAAGGAAUACCUGUUUGGGGACAUCGUUUCUGGCAUCAGCACAGGUGUAAUGCAGCUACCUCAAGGGCUUGCUUAUGCGAUGUUGGCAGCUGUUCCUCCAGUGUUUGGGUUAUAUUCGUCAUUUUAUCCCGUCCUAUUAUACACAUUCUUUGGUACCUCCAGACAUAUAUCAAUAGGCACUUUUGCAGUAAUCAGUCUUAUGAUUGGCGGGGUGGCUGUAAGGGAGGUCCCGGACUCCAUGUUUGCAGUCAAUGGGACCAACGCAUCACAGGUUGUGGAUUUUGACGCCCGUGAUGCCAGAAGAGUGGAAGUGGUUGUAGCUCUGACAACCCUAGUAGGAAUCAUUCAGUUUGUUCUGGGUCUGCUGAGAUUCGGCUUCCUGGCUAUUUACCUGACUGAACCGCUGGUGCGAGGUUUCACUACGGCUGCCGCUGUGCACGUCUCAGUGUCGCAGCUCAAGUACCUGCUGGGAGUGCACACUGCGCGCUUUAAUGGGCCUCUCUCUGUAGUGUAUAGCAUUGAAGCUGUCUUCAGGAACAUUGCCACCACUAAUGUUGUCACGCUUAUUAUUGGACUGGUGUGCACUGUGUUCCUGUAUAUCAUCAAAGAUCUCAAUGAACGCUUCAAGAAGAAGCUACCUAUCCCCAUCCCUGGAGAAAUCAUAGUGGUAAUCGUGUCCACUGGAAUCUCAUACGGGAUGCUUAUGUCUGAAAACUAUGGCGUAGAAGUUGUGGGUAAAAUUCCCACUGGGUUGCUGCCACCCAAGAUUCCAGACUUCUCAGUCUUUCCUAACCUCCUCGCAGACGCCGUUGCUAUAUCUGUUGUUGGCUUCUCGAUUGCAAUAUCAUUAGCCAAAAUCUUUGCUCUCAAGCAUGGCUACAGUGUGGAUGGAAAUCAGGAGCUUAUGGCGCUGGGACUUUGUAACUUUAUGAGUUCAUUCUUCCACACGUUUGUCGUUACCGCCUCAAUGUCUCGCAGCCUGGUACAGGAGAGCACAGGAGGACACACUGAAAUUGCAGGACUGUUGGCGUCCCUACUCGUGCUACUGGUUGUGGUGGCCAUUGGAUUUGUCUUUCAGCCUUUACCUACAACUGUGUUGGCUGCUAUCAUCAUGGUCAAUCUUCUGGGGAUGUUUAAGCAAAUGAAAGACAUUCCUGUAUUAUGGAGAACCAGCAAGAUUGAACUGGCAAUUUGGCUGGUGUCCUUUUUUGCAUCGGUUCUCCUUGGUCUGGAUUAUGGUCUGGUGGUUUCCAUGGCCUUUGCCAUACUCACAGUUAUUUACAGAACACAGUGCCCUAAGAAUGCUCUUCUUGGACAAAUCCCAGAUACUGGAUUGUACUUUGAUGUGGAUGAGUAUGAAGAGGCUGAGGAAUGCUCAGGGAUUAAGAUUUUUCAGUCCAAUACCUCCAUCUACUUUGCAAACAGUGACCUGUAUGUGAGCGCCCUCAAGGCGAAGACCGGAAUUGACCCGGCACAACUGCUCACUUCCAGGAAAUCACAGCUAAAAUAUGCGAAAAGAGACAACGGGGAGAGUAAGACCGUAAACCAUGACUCUUCAAUGAAGAAACAUGCAGUUGUCUUAUUGGAUGUGGAGCUGGGUGUCACUCAUGAGGUGGUGAAUGGGCCACAAAAACGGAUGCAUGCGUACAGCAAUGGCCAGACGACUGAGAACCACACUGAGUCUGAAUCUGAGGACGACUUCUUUCUGCAGCGUCUAACCCCCAUUCACUCCAUCAUACUGGACUUUACUCCUGUUAACUUUAUUGACUCUGUAGGAGCCAAAACUAUUAAAUCAGUGAUCAAGGAGUAUGCAACAGUUGACGUGAAAGUAGUACUUGCUGGAUGUAGCAGGAUCCUUCUCUCUGAUCUCAGGACACUACAAUUCUUCUGUGAGCCUGUGACCUCUGACCUCCUUUUCCCUACUAUUCAUGACGCAGUCUUGCACUGUAAACACAGGAAGGACCUCCCCAUCUGUCCUGACAUCCAUUGAACACACAAACCAAACUGACAUUUCAACUUUGUUGGAACGAGCACAAGUACUGUUACUUUAAUAGGGUCACUUUAGGAUGGAUGACACGAUAACAAAAGAAGGCU